AUAUGACCUUUGAUCUGACAACAUCACAACACGUACACAUGCGUUGCGGAUUGAGGAAAUUAGGAGUCGUCUUUUUUUUUGUUAUUAUUAGUUCUGUAUGUAGUGACGAAGUCCAGGAUGACUUUAAACGAAAACUGUUUUAAUUUUCCAGUAAUAAUUGCAAGUAUAUUGGCAAUAAUAUUUGUUCGUUACGUUGUUCUCAAGAAAAUGAACCGGCGAAACUGUCCACCCACAAUCAGUGGUUGGAUACCCUGGAUGGGUGUCGGUGUGGAGUUCGGCAAAGCCCCCUUGACUUACAUUGAGUGUGCAAGGCAAAAGCAUGGCAGUGUAUUUACAAUCCUGGCAGCUGGAAAGUACUUAACAUUCUUAACAGAUGCAGAUGACUUCCACUUUUUCUUCAAUUCCAAAAAUGUAGACUUCCAGCAAGCAGUGCAGGAAGCAGUGCAAAACACUGGUAAACUGCUACAACUAUUCAGGAGAGUAAUGUUUGGGGCAGUUGUAAACAAUUUGUUUGGUGAGGGUGCAAUUCCAACAGAUGAGGAACAUAUCCAGCAACUUGAAGACAUAUUCGUCAAAUUUGAUGAUCAGUUUGAGUAUGGUUCACAGAUUCCUGACUUUUUCCUCCGGGACUGGGCUGCUUGUAAGCAGUGGCUUCUGAAGGUAUUUAAGACAGUCCAAGACAGAUUACAGUUACAGUCUUCAAAAUCAGUGUCAUUGGUCCAGCAAUUGAUGGAUAUUGUUGAUGCCAAAUCUGCACCAAAUUUUGCCCUUUUGCUGCUGUGGGCAUCGCAAGCUAAUGCCAUUCCAAUAAGUUUUUGGGUUCUGGCAUUCUUGCACACCUAUCCAGAGGAACUGAGUAAAGUUUCUAAAGAACUGAAUGAUGCGUUUGGUGAUAAGCAGACAGAAUUGGUAGUAGAUGAAGAAAUCAUUAGUAAACUGCCCUCUAUCAAGAGAUGUAUACUAGAAACCAUUAGAUUACGUUCACCAGGUGUCAUUACUAGGAAAGUUGUAAAGUCUUUUGAUGUAAAGGGUUACACUAUACCUGUAGGUGAUAUGCUGAUGGUCUCUCCUUACUGGGCCCACAGAGACCAAAGAUUCUUCACAGACCCAGAAUCAUUCAAACCGGACCGGUGGUUGGCAGCUGAUCUGGAAAAGAAUUUCUUUCUAGACGGAUUUAUUGGCUUUGGUGGAGGGCGUUACCAGUGCCCUGGAAGAUGGUUUGCUUUGAUGGAAAUUCAUGUCUUGAUAACGUUGAUCCUGCAGAAACUUAGUUUGAAGGCACUAGACCCUCUGCCCAAACCAAGUACACUUCAUGUUGUGGGUACCCAGCAACCACAGUUGACCUACAGAGUUCAGUUCUCCAAACGAUAGUAAUGUUUACAGCACCAAUCAUGGUGGUUGUUCAACAUUAGAAAGUAUGCAUGCAACGAAUCAUUUUUAAUUAAGAUUUGUUUAGACUGCCACUGACAAUCAGCAGAUGGGGUCGCAUCGCAUCUACUGUUCACAGGAAGGGGAGUUGGAUUUGUGGUACAACAGUGCCUGGCUUAACACCUUUAUUUUUAACACAUUCCAAUUAUUUAAAUAAGUUCACUCAUGAAUUGAUCGAUUGUAUAUAAAUAAUGUAAAUAAUCCAUGGCUCUUGAAAAUGCAAACAUCAAGAGUUACUGUCCUUGAUUGGCUGAGUCAGUACAUAGAUCUCUAAUUCAGUUUGGUAAUUGACACCAAAUAAGUACAGCAUAUAUUUGAUUUUAAAAUACAGUUAUGUAAUUGUGAUAAAAAAAAAAAAAA